AUUGUAAACACUUUUAUAAUAUGAGUAUGGACUCACAGCUUAUCAAGACAGUCAAUAAGCUCCAAGAUGCAUUUGCUACUGUGGGUGUUCAUAACCCAGUGGAUUUACCUCAGAUCGCCGUUAUUGGUUCUCAAUCCAGUGGCAAGUCAUCUGUUCUCGAGAAUAUUGUAGGCCGCGACUUUCUUCCCCGUGGUACUGGUAUUGUCACUCGUCGACCUUUGAUUCUUCAACUCAUCAAUAGACCUGCCACCGAUACCAAGGAAGAAGUGGCCAACGGCAACCCUAACGAAUGGGGCGAAUUCUUACAUUUACCAGGCCAAAAAUUCUAUGAUUUCAACAAGAUUCGUGAAGAAAUCGUCAAGGACACCGAACUCAAGACAGGCAAAAACUUGGGUAUUUCACCUCAACCUAUCAAUUUACGUAUCUUUUCACCCAAUGUGCUCACAUUAACCUUGGUUGAUUUACCUGGUUUGACCAAAGUACCUGUGGGUGAUCAACCCAAAGACAUUGAAAAGCAAAUUCGUGAAAUGAUCUUGAAGUAUAUCACUAAACCCAAUUCUAUUAUUUUGGCUGUCACUGGUGCGAAUACCGACUUGGCGAAUUCAGAUGGUCUGAAAUUGGCCCGCGAUGUGGAUCCUGAGGGACUGCGUACCAUUGGUGUCUUGACCAAGGUGGAUUUAAUGGAUCAAGGGACCGAUGUGAUUGAUAUCUUGGCAGGUCGAGUCAUUCCUUUAAGAUUAGGAUAUGUGCCUGUAGUCAAUCGUGGUCAACGCGAUAUCGAGGCCAACAAAUCCAUCAAGCGUGCCUUGGAUGCAGAGCGUGAGUUCUUUGAGUCUCACGCAGCCUAUAAAUCCAAAGCACAAUACUGUGGUACACCCUUCUUAGCCCGUAAGCUCAAUAUGAUCCUAAUGCAUCAUAUUCGCAACACAUUGCCUGAAAUCAAGGCCAAGAUUCAAGCUGCUUUGAUUAAAUACCAACAAGAGUUAUUGACCUUAGGCGACCCUCUUGAUGAAGAGGGCUCUUCUUCUAACCGUGCUAACCUUGUACUAAACAUCAUUACUGAAUUCUGUACUGAAUUCAGAACGAUUAUUGAUGGUAAUUCAAACGACUUAUCGAGUUUUGAAUUGUCUGGUGGUGCACGUAUCAGUUUUGUGUUCCAUGAACUGUAUGCCAAUGGUGUCAAGAGCAUUGAUCCUCUUGAUCAGAUCAAGGAUAUUGAUAUUCGUACCAUUCUUUACAAUUCUUCUGGUUCAACACCUGCUUUGUUUGUGGCUACAACAGCUUUUGAAGUGAUCAUUAAGCAACAAAUCAAACGAUUAGAAGAACCCAGUGUCAAAUGUAUCAAUAUGGUCUAUGAUGAAUUGGUCCGUAUCUUGGGUCAAUUGUUAACAAAGCAGUUCUUUAAGCGAUUCCCUACACUCAAGGAUAAGUUUUAUCAAGUGGUGUUGGCUUUCUUUAAACGAGCUUUGCAACCUACUUCUAAACUGGUGACAGACUUGGUCUCUAUGGAAGCUUGUUAUAUUAAUACGGCGCAUCCUGAUUUCUUGAAUGGUCAUCAAGCCAUUGCUACUGUAAAUGAACGUAUCAUGCAAAAGAGUCAACAGGAGGCAUCCAAGAAAUCCAAUGCUUUACAGACAGCCAACAUGUUGCCUGAAGAAACCAACAGUAAUGGAUCCUUGUUUGGUAGUUUCUUUUCUGGCAAUAAGAAGGCUACCAAGAAGACAGUUGCCAACAUGAUGGAAACGCCUCCUACGACACUGAAGGCUACCGGUGCUCUUUCUGACCGUGAAUUUAUGGAAAUUGAAGUGAUUAAAUUAUUGAUUCAAUCCUAUUACAAUAUUGUGAAGCGUACAAUGGUCGACAUGGUGCCUAAAGCCAUCAUGUUGAAUUUAGUAAACCAUGCUAAAGAAGAACUUCAGCGUGAAUUAUUGACUGAACUUUAUAAACAUGAUGUUCUGGACGAUCUCUUACAAGAAUCUGAAUCUACCAAACAGAGAAGAAAAGAAUGCAAGAAGAUGAUUGAAGCAUUACAAAAAGCAGAUGAAAUUGUUGCCUCCGUUUAGAGAAAU